AUGACUACACACACUUCACUCCUCGGCUCCGGCUACCGCGAGUAUCUCCAGGAAGCCUCUCCCUCCAUCCUACGAAGCGAUCGUGCAGUUCCAGUCCACAAUUUAGAGUCAGAACCGAAAAAUAGAGUGCAAUCAACAGAGAAAAAGGAUGCUGGUGCCAAAUGGACAAUCGGCUGGAGGACUCCCAUCGUCAUGGUCUCUUGUUAUGUUCUUGCAUUGCUUCUCUCGAUUACACAUCUGGUGAUGUUCAUAUUUCUUGACAACAAGCCUAUUAUAUCCUACCACCAAUCCUACGUGACCACCGCAUCAACUAAUCUCGCCUCGAGCUUCAGGUUGACUCUUAAAGUCGCCUUAGGGGUAGCCUUUACACAGACCCUUUGGCGCCUCCUGCGAAAGUCAUCUCAGACUCUUCGCAAUGUUGAAGACUUAUUCACCAUGCGAACCAAUCCAUUCCUUGCCGUUCGCUGGGGUAUCUUACGAAGUGCGCCGUUGUUGUCUCUUUUUGUGCUCGUACUUUGGGCUCUUGAGAUUGUUACCAAUUUUCCCCCGGGAGCAUUGACCGUUACUUUGAAGCCAUAUGGAACAACUGCUUGGAGGACUGUGAUGGCAUUGGAUACUUCCUAUAUUGGAAGGGUGGUCGAUAACAGUAGCGACCCCCAAUUGGACCCAUCGAUUGCUAUUUUAGACGUGCUUUCAGUUACGGAUGAUGAUAACUCUAUUAUUACUGGAAUUGAAUUGGAAAUUAUCAACUCCAACCAGAACGUUAGCGAUGACAUCUGGGACCGUCGAGAUUCGGUUCAUCGAUUGGCUUCCCGUACCAUGAUCUCCGGCACGAUCAGCACUAUUCCCUCGCCUUGCGGCUUAAAUUGCACCUAUUCUCUUCAGUUCUUCGGUCCAUAUAUGAUCUGUGACCCUCCGAAGAAAGAAACCGGGUGCAUGGGGACUGGUUUCUCCACAGCUCCUUACUACUUCGGCAUAUGGUCGAAUCCAAUUGACGACAUUACAAUCCCCUAUACGGAGCAAAUGACUCCUGUAUAUCGUCGCUCUGAGCCCCUGAGCGUCGCAAGUUUCAACACCUCGGUGUACACCCCACUUGGUUGGAUGGGACCCGCGGAGGAUAACGUCGGAGAUAUCUGUUAUGAGGAGCUUUCGUUACGAUGCCAGCCUGGCCAAGCUGCGUACAAUGUUAGUGUGACCUACCAGGACGGGGUUCAGGGAUUCAAAGUUGAUAUAACGCCACCAUCAAUACGAGUUUUGACAGAUCUUACGAAACCAACUAACAUUAGCUGCCCCUCAGGAUGUAACUGCUGUAUGUUCAUGCAAUGUAGCUGCAGGCCGUUGUCCGAUACAAAUAUCCAGUGGAUAAGCGAUGCUAACAACAUGGCACUUAUUGAAUCCAUGACCUUGGCCCUUGCCGGACAAUACGACGUGCAACUAAUUAAUCCUGGUGGGGCAGAUUUCAACUACACUCUCGACGACGGCACUGUCGUCGAUCUCCAACCCAUAUCGACAAAAGACGAAAGCUUCGGAACCGUGUAUGCACCAUCCACAUGCGGCAAUGCUUGCGACCCAGGGACGCAAACCACUGGACCUCUAAACGGCACCAUCGUUGCCAACACGGCACUCAAUCAGCGAGUUAACGAUUACACAUCCAGCUUAGGUCCAAACAUAACCAUCAACCAGGAUAUCCUCAAUGAGAUGCUACAGAAUAUCACUCUGUCGGUCAUGAACACGCUCGGCUACUGGACUACUGAAGUUAAUGCAACGACCAGCACUCUCAGAAACGUGUAUUCGUUUUCGAAUAAGCUUAACUUAAUUCUUCCGUAUUACCUGAGUUUGGCUGUCUCUCUUCCACUUUUGUUAAUUGGAAGCAUCCUGCUACACCGCAAUGGUGUCUCGGCAACUGAUGGAGGAUUUCUCCAAAUCUUGACCACGACGUCGACGAGCAAAGCUUUGCAUGGUGCCGCUUCUCAGGGGGCUCUGGGAGGGGCUGAGAAUGUACCUGAUCAGUUGAAAGAAUUGAAGGUUCGAUAUGGGGAACUCAUCGACGAUGAUUCCGAGUUAAAGGCUUUGAGGAGACGGGUUGGUUUUGGCGUUGAGCAUGAAGUUGUUCCAAUCCAGAAGGGAGCGAGGUAUGGCGGAGUGUGA